AAGCCUUUGGCGGGCCCUUCAACAACGGCGCGAAGAACUUUCCGAUAACAUUCCGAAUUGUUAACGUUUUUGGGAGGCGAUAGACGUUCACGUCUUCAUUGCAGUCCUUUUCCACAUCGCGUUUCUCAAUAAACUCGGCAACAACGACCGUUGGAUAGAUACGUGGUCUCUUUCGGCGGUACCACCAACCAUCACUACUGCAUUUCACAGAGGGUGAAGCUUUCGUCGGAGAUUUAGGACAAUUCUUUGGUGACGCCAUUAUUUCUCCGAUAUCGUCGCCGGUUCCAACGAAAUGAAAUCUUUUCGGAGAGUCAUCAACCGUGGUUCUUUGCGUCGUAUCUUCAGAUAGAGUGUUAA